CAACGUAUGUUGAUCAUAUUGGGAUCCAACACAUGAUUCCGUCUUUGCCCGAAUCUUUAAGCAGAAUGCCCUAUUAUAAUCCCAACUACAAUAUUAUUAUCGAACAUUAUCAAAACUAUAAAGUUUUAUUAAGUCCACUGAUACAAACAACAGAAAGGAAUGAUAAAAACAUGAUGAAGACAUAUUUUUAUACGUUUGUAAAGCCUAUUUAUCUACUAUUUCUCAACCGAAUUAAUUUAUCUUUUAUGCCUGGUACAAAUGAAAGUGUCAGAGUUAAUAUGUGGUGUAGAAUGCACUGCGAAUUUGCACAUCAAUUUGCUGAAAAUAUAACAACGUACAUGUUCGAUAAAUGGAAACGUUUGAAUCAAACUUGGGAAAUAAAUCAUAUUGCACUUCCGGAUUUUCAAAACGAAAGCAUUAUAAAUUUGGGACUUAUUCUUUACAGAGAAGCAGAUAUUAUCUACAAUGACAAUGUAGAUUCUGUUGCGACUAAAAUCAAAGUUGCCCGCUUUAUGGCUCAUAAAAUAAUACAGGAAUGUUCUUAUUAUGAAAAUCCACUUUGGCCGUCAUCCUCUUUGUUAAAUGAGGCUAUUGUCUCAUUUCUUGGAUUAUAUGUCACCAAUCAGACUCUUCCAAGUAUCCGGAUGAUGGACUUGUUUGUGGUACAAAUUCAACAAGAAUCCCUUCAUUUCGAUACUGAAUAUAAUACAUCAAUUUAUAAUACAUCAUUCAACAUUUUUUUUGAACAUUACAGUUACAUUAAAGUUUACAGUGUAUUGCGUAUAUUACAAGAAAUGAUUACUGAAGAGAUAUUUUGGCAGAGUAUUCGUAUAUAUGUAAAGGACAACAAGCCAACUUUUAACUAUUUUGAUGAAAUUAUGAAGAAUAGAAUUCGAACCCUUUCGGAUGUAGACAUUCAAAUAUCUAUAUACGAUUUAACUCGUAUAAAGCAACUAAUCACUACGCUGCUCACGUCUCCAAUAAAGCGAACAUAUUAUAUUGUAAUGGAAAUAGUACGAGAUUAUAAAGUUUAUUAUUAUUAUACUAAACCGAUAAAAAGGUUGAUAUCAAAUUUAAAUAAGUCGGCGGAUGAUUUCAUAUCUACAUCGGAUAAGUUGAGAAAUAACUACAACAUUCAUAAUAUAGGACCGGAUAACUUUAUGGUAUAUAAUCCAGAACAAACUGGAUAUUAUCGAGUCAAUUACGAUAUCGAGAACUGGCGAAGAAUGGCAAGUUAUCUAAAUUCUACAAAUUAUAGGGAAAUACAUGUUUUGAAUCGUGCUCAAAUUAUCGAUGACGCUUUCCACUUAAUGAUAACAAACCAACUUAAUUCCACUGUAUUCUGGAAUAUUGCAAAAUAUCUAUCACAAGAAACAGACUACGUGGCAUGGUAUCCUAUGUUUAAAGCUUUAGAAUAUCUGUCCAAUAUCUUUCUAUUUCAGGAAAGAAUAUAUAUUAAAAUCAAGGUGAAAGUGUUAAUCUUACUAUACAAGUUGCUUGAUUCACUUAAAUACAAUGAACUUGAUUCUAAUGAACACGAUCUUACAAAGAGUUUGAGAAUGGAGGCUGCGAAAUGGGCAUGUAAUCUUGAUGGUCGCAUAUGCAUAGAAACAGCCCAACAUAACUUAAUUUCACAUCUCGAGAAUCCAGAAAAGAACACGCUUUUGCCAUGGUGGAAAGAAUGGACAUAUUGUCAAGGUUUAAAAAUAUUGUACUAUCCUCUUAGCAGUGAAAGUAUGAAGGAUUCACCUUGGUGGAAAGUAUAUCGUCUGGGAAAAGAAAAAUUUAAAACUAAAUUUUUAAAAUAUCUGUCUUGCCCUGAGGAUUCAAUAUUUAUCAUACCCUAUUUAAAUCUAAUAAAAAAUGAUAGUGCACCAUCGAUUAUAUUUUUAAAAGAUUUUUCCGAUAAAGAUUAUAUUGAUUAUUUUCUUUUUACUAUCGCAAAGCAUGCAAGGAAUCCUGUAGUACUCGAUUUCAUAUUACACAAUCUUAAAAAUAUAAAACCUAAACAAAUCAGCGAGUAUGCAACAUUUACUGUAAUUAUUAAUCAUGUGUAUUCCACAGAUCAACUCCAAAAGAUAAACGACUUCAUAACAGAUAAAUUUCUUAAUGUAAUGCAAGUUAAAUUAAAUGAAUGUAAGAAGUUAUCGCGUUUUGUGAAUGAAAGAAAUACGAAAGUAGAGACAUGCUUUACAGAAUUAGCAGAAAAUUUCACAUGUAUGCAGCCAUAUACUUCAAAUAUUGUAAGCAAACUACAAAUGCGCUUUUUCGAAAUCAAAAGUCAACAGAAUUACUUUCAAAAUUUUGUCAAAUAUCAACAAUAACCGUUUGAUAGAAGUAACAAUUGUGACGCAAAUACAUCUAUAUAUCUUUUUGACAAAUAGCUUUUUAUAAUGUUUAUAGUUUUUAUUUAUUAUUUAUGCUUAUGUACGUUAAUAAUAUA